AUCCGCCCACCCUAUAUAAGCUAUAUACUCGUCUCCUUCCUCUGCCCUCUCGUCCAAAACCCUAGCCCUCGCGCCGCCGCAGCCGCCGCCGCCCCCCAGCGCUCGAGCUCCUCGCCUCCAUCGAGCUCGCGCCGCAACGCCACCAUGAAGUUCAACAUCGCGAACCCGACCACCGGGUGCCAGAAGAAGCUGGAAAUCGAUGACGACCAGAAGCUGCGUGCCUUUUAUGACCGAAGGAUCUCCCAGGAGGUCAGUGGUGAUGCUCUGGGCGAGGUAAAUUUACUGAUAACUUAUUUCUUGAUCCAUGAUCCUUUUGCUGAUUUCAUACUUAAAUAUAGGUGUGAUAUGUUUCUUUGUUUGCAGGAGUUCAAGGGUUAUGUCUUCAAGAUCAUGGGUGGAUGUGACAAGCAAGGCUUCCCAAUGAAGCAAGGAGUUCUGACUUCUGGUCGUGUUCGCCUUCUGCUCCACAGGGGUACUCCCUGCUUCCGUGGUUAUGGGAGGCGUAAUGGUGAGCGCAGGAGGAAGUCUGUCCGUGGUUGUAUUGUUAGCCAAGACCUUUCUGUUAUCAACUUGGUGAUUGUUAAGAAGGGUGAGAAUGAUCUUCCUGGUUUGACUGACACUGAGAAGCCAAGGAUGAGGGGUCCCAAGAGGGCCUCCAAGAUCAGGAAGCUCUUUAACCUUUCCAAGGAUGAUGAUGUACGCAAGUAUGUGAACACAUACCGCAGGACAUUCACUACCAAGAGCGGCAAGAAGGUGAGCAAGGCACCUAAGAUCCAGCGGCUUGUGACCCCCUUGACCCUCCAGAGGAAGCGCGCUAGAAUUGCUGACAAGAAGAAGAGGAUCGCUAAGAAGAAGUCUGAGGCUGCUGAGUACCAGAAGCUUCUUGCCCAGAGGCUGAAGGAACAGAGGGAUCGCCGUAGCGAGAGCUUGGCCAAGAGGAGGUCCAAGCUUUCAUCUGCUGCCAAGGCCGCUGCCUCCACCGCUUAAGAGUGUUCAGAGCUUUGAGAUGUUUUAAGGCCUAUCUUGUUACAACUUAAGUACCUAUGCUGCCCUGGCUGUGUUGCAUCAGUCGACCCACUCUACUUAGAUUUAUGAGUAAUUGUUGCAAUUUUGUAUGAACAUGGUACUGGCUUGUCGGAAUUUUUUGAGUACCAGAGGUUUACUAUGUUGUUUAAUGCUGUGAACAUCAGCUGGCCUCGUUCGUCUUUGUUCUGCACCAUAUGUUAACAUAGUAUUUUCCUGGCGACCUUCUAGUCGUUGGCUGUCUAA